AGCAUUUUAUCGAAACCAGAGACAUGGCUUUAAAAAGUGACUUCGAUAUUUUGUGUAUCUCUGAAACUUGGUUUAAACCUGCCCCGAGGGACACUAAUGCAAGUGUAGAGAUUGAGGGGUAUAGGGUCUAUCGCCUGGAUCGUCCUAAAAAAGAGGGAGGUGGUGUCUGUGCUUAUAUUAAAUCACACCUAAAGGCCAGGAUUCUGAAAGACCUAACGGGAAUUACUGAAUCUGGAUUGCAUCAACUUUAUAUUCAAGUGCAAAGCAAAAAUAUUCGCUCUAUAGUGCUUGGUGUAAUAUAUAGACCGCCUGAGAUUGGUGUUACGUGCCUUACGGAGGAGCUUAUGCCAACCUACAUCAAGGCCCUGGCUCUAAACAAAGACAUAAUCAUGUGUGGUGACCUCAAUUGUGACCUCCUUUCAACAAAUCCUAAGGGUGAAGCCCUUCGCUCAUUUAUUACAUCUGUGAACGCCUCUCAACUAAUCGACAAACCUACGCGGGUUACACAGACCUCCCGCUCUUUGAUCGACGUCAUUAUUGUAUCCAACCCUAAUAUAGUUAAAACAAGUGGUGUUCUUGACAAGACUAUCAGUGACCACAACUUGAUACUGGUUACCUUAAACCUAAAGGUUCCAAAGUUACCACCUAGCGCUAUCAUGACAAGAAGUUUUAAGAAAUACGACCCUCAUAAGUUUGCAGAAGAUGUUGCACGUGUCCCAUGGGACUGUGUUGAGCUUGCAGAUUCACUCAACGACAGAGUGGAUGCUUUUAAUGAUUUGUUUAUUACUUGUCUAGACAGCUAUGCUCCAGUGAAAACAGUAAAGUUGAAACACAGACCUUGUCCCUUCAUCACCGAAGACAUUAGAGAACGUAUGGCAUCACGGGAUCGCUUACAAAGACAGGCCCAGAGGACUGGUAACGAGCAUGAUUGGCUAGCAUUUAAAACGUUGCGUAAGGAUGUCAAACAGGCCUUAAGGAAAGCAGAACAAGACUUUUUUUAA